GUGCACGCUGAUGGCGGACAGCAGCUACUUCAGACGCCCAGAGAGUCCCUCCCAGAGACGCCCGCACCGGGGCUGUAGCGCUGUCAUUUAGGCACAUGUUUUGGGAAGUAGAAGGAGGUUCCUUUUAGUCAUUUUUGUGGCGCGUUUCACUUUGAACGGGGUAAUAUGUGGGACCGGGGGAUAUUGGACUGUGAUAGACCGGACAGGAUUUAGACAGCGCGUGCGGCUCUGUAACUUAGUGACAGAAAUAACAAAAGCCCCAAAAGAAGACGCUGCCCGAGCCGAGGAUAUUAUUAUAGUCCUACUGUGGAUAUCUGCUCCGCCAGCAUGAAGUUUGCGGAGCACCUGUCUGCCCAUAUUACUCCAGAAUGGAGGAAACAAUAUAUUCAGUACGAGGCUUUCAAGGAGAUGCUCUAUGCCGCCCAGGACCAGGCCCCAUCCAUAGAAGUCACAGAUGAAGACACCGUCAAACGAUACUAUGCCAAGUUUGAGGAGAAGUUCUUUCAGACGUGUGAAAAGGAGCUUUCCAAGAUCAACACAUUCUAUUCAGAGAAACUGGCUGAGGCACAGCGCCGCUUUGCAACUUUGCAGAAUGAGCUGCAGACGUCUCUGGAUGCCCAGCGGGAGAGCAAUGCUCCAGGGCUCCGCAGUCGCCGCAAAACAGUGUUGCCUUUGUCCAACAAAGAGCGCAACAAACAUCGCAACAUCAAAGACCUGCAGCUGGCCUUCAGCGAGUUCUACCUCAGCCUCAUCCUCCUGCAGAACUACCAGAAUCUGAACUUCACUGGAUUCCGUAAGAUCCUGAAGAAACAUGACAAGAUUCUGGACACGCAGCGUGGAGCUGAUUGGCGUGUGGCUCAUGUGGAGGUGGCUCCAUUCUACACCUGUAAGAAGAUCACACAGCUCAUCUCUGAGACCGAGGCUCUGGUGACCACAGAGCUGGAAGGAGGUGACCGUCAGAAGGCCAUGAAGAGACUGAGAGUCCCACCUCUUGGAGCAGCACAGCCUGCACCUGCCUGGACCACCUUUCGUGUGGGACUUUAUUGUGGGGUCUUCAUUGUCCUGGCUGUCUCCUUUGUCCUUACUGGUGCUUUUUUCAUUCGUAAUCAGAACAUCUGGCCACUGGUACGCAUCUACCGUGGUGGUUUCCUGUUGAUUCAGUUUCUCUUCCUCUUGGGCAUUAACACUUAUGGUUGGAGGCAGGCGGGUGUCAAUCAUGUGCUGAUCUUUGAGCUGAACCCUCGAAACAAUCUUUCACAUCAACAUCUGUUUGAGAUCGCUGGGUUUUUGGGGGUGUUGUGGUGUCUCAGCAUCCUAUCCUGUCUGUUUGCGGACUACACUUGGGUCCCUAUGCAGGCGAACCCCCUGAUCCUUUACGGCUUUAUGGUGCUCUUCCUCAUCAACCCCUUCAAAACUGCUUACUACAAAUCCCGUUUCUGGCUCAUCAAACUUCUGUUCCGUGUGUUCACCGCCCCGUUCCACCGCGUGGAGUUUGCAGACUUCUGGCUGGCAGAUCAACUCAAUUCUCUGGUCAUUGUGCUGUCAGAUCUGGAGUACCUGGUCUGUUACUACAGCAUGGAGCUGCAGUGGGGAGAUCGCAGCGGCUUACUGCCCUCCACAUAUGGCGAUGAAAGGUGUAACAGCUAUUCUUAUGGAGUUCGGGCCAUCAUCCACUGUCUGCCUGCCUGGCUGCGGUUUGUUCAGUGUCUGCGACGUUACCGUGACACCAAGAGGGCCUUCCCUCACCUGGUGAAUGCUGGGAAAUACUCCACCACCUUCUUUGUGGUCACAUUUGCAGCCCUCUACAGAACUCAUAAAGAUCAGAAACACAAUGAUGCUGAGGUGUUUUUCUACAUGCUGAUCCUGUCUUCAGUCGUCAGUUCACUCUACACACUGAUCUGGGAUCUGAAGAUGGACUGGGGUCUUUUUGACCGCAAUGCAGGCGAGAAUACCUUCCUGAGAGAGGAGAUUGUUUACCCACAUAAAGCCUACUACUACUGUGCCAUUAUUGAAGAUGUGAUCCUGCGCUUCGCCUGGACACUGCAGAUCUCUCUGACUUCCAUGACUGCCAUUCCUUCCAUCGAGGACAUCGUGGUCACCAUUUUAGCUCCUCUGGAAGUGUUUAGACGUUUCGUGUGGAACUUCUUCCGUCUUGAGAAUGAGCACUUGAAUAACUGCGGUGAGUUCCGAGCGGUGCGGGACAUCUCAGUGGCUCCUCUAAACGCUGAUGACCAGACCCUGCUGGAGCAGAUGAUGGACCAGGAGGAUGGAGUCCGGAACAGGCAGGGCAAAAAGAGCUGGAAACGGAGCUACAGCCUGUCCUUACGACGUCCCCUGCUAUCCUCACAGUCUAAGAAAGAUACUAAGGUGCUCAUUGAAGAUACGGAUGAUGAGGCCUUCAGCUGAACCCAGAUCUCGCUGUCACGCCGCCUGUCUCUGCUUUCUGUUGGUUCCUCACAGAGCUGCCUCAACACACCUGACCCCAAACACACACAGAUACAAAAAUAUAUAUACACACUCUCUCUUUUCAGCACUCAGCAAACCAUACAACGACAGAGCAGUGGACAGAGUUAAGCACAAAAACAGCCGUGAGACAUAUCAGGACACAACAGUGACAUCGCACAAACACUAACACACACAUACAACAAGAUAUACACACGCACGGAAAAGCCAAGUGUGGAGUUUUCCUCAAGGUACUUUUUUUAUUAGACUUUGUCAUUUUGUUCUUCUAUAUUGAUACUUUUUUUUGUACAUUUGUUUAGCUUUUUGAAUCUAUAUUACUGCAUAUGACUGUUUACAAACUUAAAAUAAUAACUAGGAACAACAGGGAGGAGAGUUAUGAUAUGAAAGAAUAAUAUAUCGUACACUGCACGGACUCAAGUCGCACACUAUAACUGCAGCGCAUUAACAAAUAACAACAGCUCAGUAGCUGAUGUUUGUUAUAUUCUUUUAGUUGUUUUUUCUUUCAUUUUAUUAGUUUAUUAGUUGUCAUGACAUCAGAGUACGGCCCUGGUGGCACUUUUUGGAAAUGCUUCAUAUUUCUAAAUCAUGAAAAACAUAUGUAUAAUGCUAAGAGAGUUAUUGUUUCAUCAUACUUAAUAUGCAACUUUUUUUUUAAACAUGCAUUGCUUUGAUAUCAAAGCUGUCAUAUUUUUGCCAUGUAUGGUUUAUGUUUGAAAAAAUGGAGUUUGUGUGUGUGUUCUUUUGGGGAAUGAUGGCUGAUGUUAAACUAAAAGUUUAUAUUCUGCUGUCCUCCUGCUGAUGAAUAGAAUUGUUAUUUUCAUUGAUACUUUGACCAGUGAAACUACUGUAAGUAAACCUGACAUUGCUGGUUAAUAUUUCAAAUACUAUUUGAAAAAAAAAAAAAGAUCAGAUGAUUCUGUGAACUAUUUCAAAUGUAAUGAUGCACUAAAUGGAAUAGAUUCAGGAAUAAUUGUCACCCAACUGCAAACUGAAUGGAAGUGGAUACAUUUUUAUUGAACUAAUGUGUUUCCUAUAUGGCUUUUUGUAUCACUUAUUAAGCAUUGCCUUUACCACUGCAAGCCAAAGAGGAAAUGCUAAGACUGCCAGUCGAUUAUAAUUAUUAUGGUUGGGAUAUCAGUUUUGUAUUGUGUUAAUCUAUAUGAAAUGUUGUGCAUCAAAAAGUAGUUCCAGCUUUUUCCUCGCCAACAUCUUAAAUAUGAUCACAGUUUGAUUAUUUGUAUGCUUGAUGAAUGUGGCAAUAUCUUUAGAAUUAGUUUGACAUUUUAAUGAAAAAAUUUGAUUGUAUGUGCUCUAUAAUGCACAUUUAUAAUGUGCAUUUUUGCGAGACAGGUACAACUACUUUGUCUUUCAUACAUUUUCAUACAUAGUGUCUGAAUUUCAAACAGCUUAUUUAGGAGAAAAGCGUCUGUUUUUCGCCUCUUUAUAAUCAUGCUUCGACAGCAGAGAGUGAGGACUGUCAUUUUAACUUACAAUGACUUUUAUUAUGAUUAAUAUCCAUCGUUUUCAUCAAAGUAGAAAAGAAAACACCAGGGCUGUUUUAGCUGAUAUGUAUGUUUUGAUUAAUUUUUUCAGCUUUUACUUUAUUAUGAUACUCUUUCAGCAGCAUGCGUCCUUGUAUUUUUGCAAGCACAAUCUUUCAGCUGUAACUAAAAUCAAAUGAAAAGAUGGCUUUGUCUUCACAAUCUUUCUUCUUAUUUGCUUUUUAAAAGAAUAGUGUUAAUGCUAACGAAAAACAAUGUACAGAUAGCAGGUGUUGUGUUUGUAACAUUUUUGUUGACUAAGGUUUUUUUAUUUAUUUUUUUACACAUUAAGGCUAAAUUUAAAUGUUCAUAGUUUGAUUACAAGUCUAACAGAAGAAAGGAAAAACUACAUGUGAUUUGUGGUUGCAAAAGAUUAUAGAGUGUUAUCCUCAUUGAAAAUGUGGUGUUACUGUGUUAACGUGUGGUCCUUGUCCUUUAAUAUUAAUGAAAUGUCAAUCUUGUUGUUCUCAAAAUGAUCUUUUGGCAUACUGUGUCUUUGCUGUCUUUAGUUCUUGACUCUGAGAACUGACUGAAUCCUUUAUUGAGUAGACUAUCAAGUGGCACACAAAAAAAUGUAGAAAUGAGACACUUUCUGAACCAAUAUCACCGUAUGUGGAUGCUGAGCACAAAUUUGCCCCAUCCAGUGCUUUUUGUAAUAAAUUGCCAAUUGUCUUGCCUGCAUGCUGCUUUUGUUUUGCACUGUAAAUAGUUUAAUUUUUGAUAUUUUAAAUGUGUAAAAGAAUGUCUGUUCAUUUAUUGUACUAAUUAUUUAUGUACAAGUUGGAGACUUGCUUUAAAUGAGCAGUAUUAUAGUAGAUGAAGGGCAUUUUUGAUUAGUCACAGUCUUACAUAUGUGAAUUAUGUCGAAAUAGUGUAACUUAAGAUGCUUUUGUGAAUACGGAAUGUGAUCGGUUUUAUCCACAGUAGGUGUAUAUUUCUACUCCUAACACUUUCAUUCACAGGGUUUGUGCUUAUUUGACAGGACUUGUUGGGUGACGGUGGUUUUAGGUCGAUAUCGUGAACUGAUCUGGCUGGGGAGGAUUGGGAGACGAUUGGGACAUGUUAACAUUCUCAUUUAGCACCCUAUCUAGGGGUUCUGUUAUGAGACGAACCUUCAAAAUGUAGGAUUUUUAUUUUGUACUUUUUUUUACUAUUACAAAUACAGAACUGGGAAAUUACACAAGCCCUGACAUCAUUUCUUCAUGUGGGGGAAAACUAUGUCGACUUGAUUGCUUGCUAAACCCAUGAUGUUAAGUGCUUGAUAUCUCUGCAUCUUUUCUAACUCCUAUCUUGAUGUUGUAUCCCUUCUUAAAUACUUGACUGUGAUGCUGUUUGUAGAUGAUAGAUGGUUGUACUUUUGAGGUAGUAAAGACUUAGAGAAAAAGUGAAAAAAAUGUGGUUCUGUGAUUAAAUAGAGAUAUAAAAAGAGAGAAAAUGUCCCCCUUUUACAGAGUAGUUUGUAAAUGUUAAGUGUAUUCCUAUGAUGGUUCCACUGAUGAUCUCAUUUGUGUUUCUGUAUACACUUUGGUGAUCCUGUCAUAUUUGGGUUUUAUAAACCACGCUUAUUUUUAAAACCUU